AUGACCAAUCACACGCUGAUGAUGGAAUUCUUGCUCAUGAGAUUCACUGAGAGUUGGACAUUGGUGAGGCUAUAUGCUGCAUUCUUCUCACUCAUCUACCUAGUGGUGACAAUGGAAAAUGUUCUCAUCAUCAUCCUCACAAUUUUUGACCAACGUCUCUGCAUCCCAAUGUACUUUUUCCUCAGGCAUUUGUCAUUUUUAGAUCUGUGUCUCAUUUCGGCCACUGUACCCAAAUCCAUAGUCAACUCCAUCACCUUCACUGACUCCAUCUCUUUCCUGGGAUGUGUGUUGCAGCUUUUCUUGGUGGUGCUCCUGGCAGGGUCAGAGAUUGGCAUUCUCACUGUGAUGUCUUAUGACCGCUAUGUUGCUAUUUGCCGCCCUCUGUAUUAUGAGGCUGUCAUGAACAAGGGGACAUGUGUUCAGAUGAUGGCUGUAUCCUGGAUCAAUGGUGGGGCCUUGGGAAUCUUGUACUCAGCUGGGACAUUCUCUCUCAAUUUCUGUGGCUACAAUAAGAUACAUCAGUUCUUCUGUGAUGUUCCUGCACUUCUACAGAUCACUUGUUCUGAAGAACAUAUCACCAUUGACAUCAGUGUGGCCAUUGGGGUCUGCUAUGCAUUUUCAUGUUUAGUUUGCAUUGUGGUCUCAUAUAUAUACAUUUUCUCCACAGUGUUAAAAAUCUCAUCCAGACAGAACCAAUCAAAAGCCUUUUCCACCUGCUUGCCUCACCUCAUUGUGGUGAGUGCAUUUCUCAUAACAGGUGCUGUUGCCUACUUAAAGCCAGUCUCUGAUGCACCUUCUUCUCUAGACCUUCUGGUGUCUGUGUUCUACUCCAUGUUGCCACCAACCUUGAACCCCAUUAUCUACUGUCUGAGGAACAAAGAUAUUAAAUUAGCUGUAGGUAAAAUCCUAUGGAGUGUUAGGAACAACUGA